UUUUCCUUUUUUUGGGAAAAACAGUUUACAUCAAAAAUCACAAGACAACUUAAAAAUUUUGCAUUUUCUUGCCGUUUCUUCCUUCUUCCGCUUCGUUUCGUUUAGUUCAGUUUAGCUUUUGGUUUUUUAUUGUUCUCGAUUACAUUAUCCUCGUUCGUAUUGUGUUUCUUCAAAAGAAAUCAAAACAGAAUAGAAAAAACAAAAAGGAACAGAAAAUCGUGGCCGUUACUUUUGCGAAAUUGUCGCAAAGGCGACAAAAAAAUUUGUCGUCCUAACUUGCUCAUCAAUAAAACAUUUUAUUGUAACAUAAAAAGGCAAAAAAAAGUAAUAAACAAAAUAAAACCAAACCAAUUUUUUACACAAAAAAUAUUUGUAAAAAAUAAAGGAAGAAAGUUUAGAAUAGUGAAAAUUUGCAAAUCAAUUUGCAAUACACUUGUGACAAACGACGAUUUUAAAUAAAUAACAUUUAAACAUAACAUAAGCGAAUUAAUACACAAAUAAACGACGAAAAACAAUUUGAUACUAUAAGUAUUCGCGAAAAAAAUAAACAACUUGCCAUAGCAAAAAGUGAAAUAGCACCUGUUUAGCCGUGAAGCGUAAAGGUACAUUUGGCAGUGGGCUGCCAAACACAGCCUAUUAACGCAUAUUUUCUUGGAAGCUACUCAAAGAAUUACUUGUCUUAAGGUUCGAAUACGAAUUGCACCAAAUAUUAAUCAUAAAAGACGCAGCAACAACAAAGGAAGCGGUCUUUCAAAGAUCCUCCUAUGUUCCUUCAAACGGGAGGGGGUGGGAAGGGAAUACGCCCAAAUCAACAGCAUCAGCAGCAGCAGCAACAACAUCACCACCAGUCGCAUCAUCAGUCGCACCACCAGUCGCAUCACCCACACGCGCAACAACCGCAGCAGUCGCAACAACAGCAACAGCAGCAACAACAACCGCCGUCCGUACAUCACGGUCAUCAAGCGCCCCAGCAAACGCAUUCCCACCACCCUCACCAUCAGCAACAUCAGCAUCCCCAUCAACAGCAGCAACAACAACAACAACAGCAACCACAACAUCAUCAUACGUCGUUAGGCUACUAUUAUCAAUUAAGUCAAGCACAGCCGCCACCACCCCCCGCCCAACAUCCGCAAGCGCCCAAUAAUGCAACAGUCACAGCAUCACAAAUGGCCCCGUCACCCCCCACACAAUCCAAUUCAGCUGGCGGUGCGUCGUCUGUGUCCGCAACUCAAUCACACAGUCUGGUGGGGGGCGGUGGUGCAGGUAGUAUAUCCGUCGGCGGCGGAGGUGUCAGCGGUGGCAAUAGUGCCAGCGUCACAAAUAUCGUCAGACAACAUGCGGCGGCUGUGGCGGCGGCAACUGCUGCGGCCAACAACGGCGCCAAUAUGCAACAUUACGCGUCUGGGACGGCGCUCAUGCAACCGCCGGCGACGAGUACAGCAUUCGUGACCACCAACUACUACCACCAACAGUAUCAACAACAGACGGCGGCAGUAAUCGCCGCCGCCGCAGCGGCUGCACAGUAUAACAACAAUGCCGCGGCAGCAGCAGCAGCGGCUGCAAAUAAUCAUGGCGGACCAGGUGGCAAUACACAAACUGCGACAACGCUGUACCAACAACAACAGCAACAACAUCAUCAAGCACUACAUCAUCCACAGACAUCGCUGCAUACGCACUACUAUCAUACGGGCGCUGGCGCUGCACCAACGCCGCCACCACAUCUACAUCCACACCACCACCCACAGCAACAUCAAUUGCGUGGCGUACUAACAGCGCCACCACAUCAACGACAGCCACAAACCACAUACUUAUUGCCGGCAAACGCGAUCUUCGCGCUACCACCAGGUCCACUAACGGCUGCGCCCCGUACAUCACUGCUUGCGGCCGGCGCACAUCAACAGGCAGGCAGUGCGGCCGGUGGCAUGUCGGUUACACCGUUGCUCCAAUCGGGUGCACGUGGUGCUGCUGGCGGUCCAACAACGUAUAUCACUUCACCAUUCUGCCAACCGCCGUUGCCGAUGGGCGCAGCUGGUCUGACACCACCCCAACCAUUGCUGGCGACACCCUCCGCCAUGACACAGCAGGCGCUGCAAACUUAUGGACAUUUAGCUGGCGCUGCAGCUUCAAAUUCAUCGUCGACGACAUCACUGACUGCAGCUGGUGGCGGCAUUGUUGGAGGCAGUGCAGUUGGAGGCGCGGUUGGCGGCAGUGGCAUUGGCAGUGGCGGCUCAGAGACUGUCAAACAACGUAAACACGCUAUACCCAUAAUAGACCCAAUCACACACGAGAAUAUAUUGGACCCGAAGCCACAGAAGAAAAGCACUGCGGUAGAGGCAAAGCCUUCGCCUACUGACAUUUCGGCUGGUACACAGGAGAGCACGGUCAGCGCCAAUGAACCGCUAGAUAAAUCCAUUACUGUUUCCAUGGCAAAGACACCCACAGCGACAGCCGUUAUGGAGACAAAAGACGCUCACAGUGAAGGCGCCAUUGCAGUAGCGGUGAGUGUUGCGGUACAGAGUUCUACGUCGAAGGAGAAAAUCGAUCAGCAAAUGCAAACCGAUGCGGUACGCGAUCGUGAUCGUAGCGCAUGCAGGCGUGUGAGCGCAUACGAUGCGCAUGCGACCGACGGAUCGUCGCCUACUUCCCACAUCUCGGGUGAUGAGGACAAUGACAAUUAUGUUUAUGGCGACUUGAAAACUGCACGUGGCAGCGAUUCCAAUGCCGAUUCGAGUGAGACAGCCGUAUAUUUGAAUGAGGAAGAGCGCCAAUUUGAUGCGGGCGACGAACAAACGGGAAUGCAUGCAACAACUAGUAUACAUAGUGCGACCGGCGAUGAUGGCGAAGACAGCAAUUACGACGAAGAAUCAACAUCCUUGAUGCUGGACAAUGCAGAAAACGAGCAGGAAAACUCGGAAUUAUUAGAGGUCUACGAAGAGGCCCAAGACACACAACACCAACAACAUUUCACGGACAAUGAUUUGGAAGGCAAGUUCGCACUAGAUCGACAAGAAGAAUCAGAUAUUUCCGCAGUUACCUCGGCGACCACACUGAGUGGAGGCGAGGAGGACAACAACAAGUUUCAUUUAGGCUAUCAGCCAGAGCAAAUGUCUACAAUGACCGUGACAGUAUAUCCAGUGCUGUCGGGCCAGGGCACGAAAUUCGCGGAACUACAAACCGCAGACAGUGACACCUUGCGCUUGGACACGGCUAUGGAGUUCGUUCCUGCUUCAUCCACGACACCUGCAAAUGUGGCGAACUUACAACUUAAGACUACUAAAUCGAAUACUUCAGCCACUUCUGGCGUAACUGCAUCCACCAUGACCGGCCCACCACCAACUGCUGGCAAAUUAACGACACAAAAGCAUUCGCCCAACACUUCAGGUGCGUCAUCAUCGGCUACUUCGACACCCACACAUCAUGCCUAUACACAAUCACAACAAACACAGCGACAACAGUAUCAAUCACAGCCCCAACAACAACAGACACAGCAACAGCAACAACAACAAAGAAAAACUAUAACCAAUACAUGUACAGUGGCGAAUGUGCAAACAGGUGGUGUAGGUGGUGCUGGCGGUAGAUGCAGUCCAUCGAUAUCGCAGGGCGGCGCUACAGUUAAGGUGGUGCAAAAGAAGAGUCGCAAGGCGUCGAAACGCGCCAAGGAAAGCCAAAAGAAGCUCAAUAAACAGUGUGAGGUUAACAGCCAACGCGCGAAUGCAGCAACGCUAAGCGGGAGUAACAACAGCAGCAGCAGCAACAAUAAUAAUAAUAACAAUAGUAUUAGUAAUAAUAGUGGUGGUGGUGGCGCCAGCGGCGGCGGCAGUAGCAGCGGCAGCAGCAACAACAAAAGUAUAUUAAAUAAUGCCAAUAAUAUUAAUAAUAAUUUAGCAACUAAAAAUAUGACUACAACAACGGCAACGUCAACAACAUUAACAACAACCCAAAUCCCGACUGAUAUAAUUAAUGCAAAUAGUUCUAGCGAUAACGGUACUUUAAGAGAAACAACUUCAACAAAUUUACAACAACAACAACACCAUUCACAUCAACAACCACUACCACAACGUAGCGGCAGUGUGACAAAAAGUGGGAGUCUAACACAUGACACACCAACGCCAACGAACACAAAAAGUGAUUCCCUAACGGACAUACAUCAAGCGUCAGAGCGUGCUUCGCCUGCGCCCACAACACAACAACAACAACCAACUAAACAACAAGUCGCAGCGCUACUAGAAGCGCCCGGUCAACAAUUACAAUUCCUGAACAGCUCGUCAUCAGCAUGCGAGGACGAGGAGGAAAUGAACACACGCCUACAAAUGCUGGAACAAGAUGGUGCUGGCGUAGCGAACAAUGUGCAGGAUCUACGCUUUGGAGACUUUGUGGAAGAAAAGGAUGCACUAGCGCCGAGAUCACCAACAAAUGUGACACAACAACAACAAAUACAGUCAACUCAGCCAACCAAAGCGAGUUCACCACAAAAGGAUGUGACACAAAACAAGGCAGUUCCUUCAAAGGACACGGUCGACUGCAUGCUGAAUGCCAGCACGCCAACGCUUUCGAAGAACAACGGCGCACAGAAUGCGCGUGUUGCUCAAAAAGCGGUGAAUGCAAACAAAAAUAACAGUAAUGCUGCGGCUGCGAGUGCGAGUGCUCCAAUCAGCGUUGUCUCGCCGCCAAAGCCGCGUAAAUACACAUUGGACGAACUGAAGGCGCUUUCGAAGUCCAGCGAAGCGCGUAAACCGCCUAUGGUGUCAUGUCAACGCGGCGAUUGCAUUUCACAAUUGUUUGUUUCGCGUCAGCAACACCAUCAUCUCGCGCAUCACGCACACAAUAUGUCUUCACUGGCGCUGCAUCAGCAUCUGCAGCAGCAGCAGUAUCAGCACAUGAACUUCAAUGAAUCCAUGGAAUUGGUUAGCGGUAAGCGUGGACGUAGCGGUCAGACGAAAAAACAUCACGAUCACCAAUCGAGCGGUGGCGCCAUGAGCAGUGUGCUUAGUGUGGCGGCCGCCGGCGGUGCAGUAGUUGUGGGCGGCAUAGCACAAGUCGGUGGUGUGAUGAGCGCUCAACAGCAGCGUAAAGUUGACUUUAUACGCGUGCAAUUGUCGCUGAAGGAGGAGAUCAAGUUGUCCGAGUGCGAGAACGCGUGGCAGCCGGAGACAUUGCGCAGCAAAUCAAACAAUGUCUCGCCAUCGGGCGCCAACGAUGACAUCGAUGCGGUGCUGAAGAAGGUGCGCGGUGUGCUGAACAAGUUGACGCCUGACAACUUUGAUGUGCUGCUGAAAUCGAUGACCUGCAUCACCAUGAAUACACAGGAGAAAAUGCAACAAGUGAUGCUGUUAAUUUUCGAAAAAACCGUUAGCGAACCGAAUUUCGCGCCCACUUACGCCAAAUUUUGCAAAGUGCUUUUCCAAGAAAUCAAAGCGGAGAGCAAAUCGCUCUUUUCGAGCCUGCUAAUCAACCGCAUUCAACACGAAUUCGAAACAAAUGUGAACGAUGCUAAUGCGAAGAAACUGAAAUUGCAACCGUUGGUCGAUAAGCUAGAGAACUGCGAAGAAUCGAAAGAGCGACUAGAAUUGCAAGCCGAAUUGGAGGAUCAAGAAUACCAAUUUCGACGUCGUGCUUGGGGCACCGUACGUUUUAUUGGUGAAAUGUUUAAACAGCAAUCGCUGUCCAAAGAUCGUGUGUUCAUGUGCAUCGAAUCGCUGCUGGAACAUGGCUCCGAAGAGAAGUUGGAGUACAUGUGUAAGUUACUCACCACCGUGGGACAUCUGUUGGAAUCGGCCGAUAGCGCCAACAAUGCGCGCAUGGAUAAAAUCUUUCGCAGAAUACAGGACAUCAUACAUAAAUCGCGCAGCAAUAAGUCCGGAGCUGCGGGCAGCCACUUCAAGAUCAGCAGUCGCGUGCGUUUCAUGAUGCAGGAUGUUAUGGACUUACGCGCACGCACCUGGGAUCAUCAGUUGACGCAGGCGCAACAGCAGCAGCAACAGAUUGCACAACAACAACAGCAACCAACACAAAAACGUACAGCGCUCGGCGCUAAGCAAGACGACAAGAUGCAGAGCGGCAUCGGUGGCGGCAGCAGCAUGUACGACAAAAGCAAUCGGCUGGGCAACUAUGGCGGCGGCAGCGGCGGUGGGGGUAACAUGGGCGGUGGCGGCGGCAAUCAGGGCAAUCGACACUAUUUCCAAAAAUCACAAAAGUCACAGCAAUUCAUGCAACAGCACGAGCAACAGAAACUCAAUAUCGAUCCAAACAAAUUGAAAUUCACCAGCGAUGAGGUGACUCAGAGCACACCAAAACUCGGCAACUCAAUUAACUACCAAUGGCGUUCAUCGGGACGCCAAACGGCGUCGAAUGCCAGCGGCAAUACGCCUGCAACGCUGCUCAGUCUUAACACCAGCGCUUUGAAUGCGUCCAACGGCAGCGGUUUCAAGCGUCAAACCGCCAUGUUGGGCACUACAAAUGCAGUCUCACCAAUGGCCAACAAUCCAUUCCAGGCGCUCGAUAGACAAGAUAAAAUGUACGAGCAGAGCGUGAGUGAGGCGUCGUCACCGCAAGAACCGAAAGACAUACAAUAUGCAUUGGACAGCCUCGAUUUGCAGGACUUGAGUAAAAACAAAUGUCAAGAGCUGCUGAAUCGGCUGAUCGAGGAGCUCUUGGAUGCGAGCAGCAGUCGCCGCAACAACGCCAGCAAUAGCUGGCAACAAGAGGCGGUCAACGAGUGGUGCAACCUCAAUCGGCGCCAACAGAAGUCAUUGCUCAACUACAUCUUCACCGACUAUCUGCAUUUGACCACUGUGAAGCGUGCGCAACGCAAAGCCUGCGCCGCCAUAUUCGUGCAUUUGAUGCGCACCAAAGUGUGCGAACCACAACUGUUCAAUGUGGUCUACAAGGACUUGGCCGACGAACUGCCCGAUCUGCAGGUCGACGUGCCCAAUCUCUGGACCUAUGUAUUCGAAUUUAUUGGACCGCUAUUACACGAACAACUCUUGCAUUUCACCGACAUUUGGCUGCAGCAGUGGGCGACCGACACACACUUCACCAAACGUUUCCUAUAUGCGCUCAUCACCUACUUCACCACUGAAUUUGGCGCCACCUACACACGCGAACUGUGGAAUAAGGUUUUCAAAUUGGAGCAUGGCCAGCAAUUUAUGAGCAAUGACACGCAAUGGCGUGAAUUCAUCAACACACAUGGCUUUCAGUAUAUACACGAUCGCACAUACAAACCGCCACAACAGACUGCUACGUCCACGUCGACACAUCCUGCUGCCAUAGUGGAGCAGGUGAUGCGCAUUGAGUAUUUAUUGAAUGCGGUGAAUGGUUGCGAUCUAGCCAUAGACUAUAUAAAUACGAAUGUGUACAUCAACACACACUUCAUAUGCAGCCUUACGAAAUUCCUUUGCUGUGAUUAUGCAACUGUGAUGCCGACGACGACGACGACAGACUUGACUAGCAGCAGCACCACCGGCCGCUUGCGACAACUAGACACCGAAUUGUUUCGACACAAAUGCAUACCGCUACUGAGACGUUGCCUGGACGGACUCGAAACGCACGAGCUGGCUUGUCUGGACGCCGUUGUUGACGCCUUGCAGCAAAAUUACGACACACCAACUGCCAAUCAGCUGAUAUGUAGCGUAUUCGAUUUGAUUUAUGACAGCGAAGUGAUACCGAAGGAGUCCUUCGACAAGUGGUAUCGUGCCGAGCAACAGAGCGGUGCUAAAGAGACGACGGUUUCGACGAACAGCAAUGCGCUGUACUCAGCGGCAGUGGCCGGUCUGACUGCCACGAGCAAAGCGGCCAACAGUGGCGGUGCGCGACUGAAUGAUGAGCUACAUGCUUAUAUGGAGAAGUUGCUUUAGCGCCGUAGGCGCCAACUACGCACUGAUAAGUAUAAGCAGAAACCACAACAGCAACAACAACAAUACAGUAACGGCGAAGGAGUUGGUGGCAGUGGUGGCAAUGUAGGCCUGCCGAAAAAGCAACGCAACUAUGCGACGCUGCUAUUUCAGUGAAAUGUAGUUAUGCGCGGAGUACUGGUGUGGAGAAUUGGUGUGGAGAGCAUUAAAUCGAAAGAAAUCAUAUUAAAAUUAAUUAGAACAAGUAUAGGAAAAAUUGCAUAGACACAUUGGAUGGAAAUGUUGUGCUCAUAUAUUGUCGCCGCCAGCGUAGCAUCUCUACAUAAGACCCCCCACAACAACACAACAAUAAUUAAAGAGAGAAAGAGGAGAAAACAAAAAAAAAAAAAACACAUAAAACAAAAACAAUUAAAAUUUAGCACUGUACAUAUGAAAAAUGCAUAUUUUUAGCUGGAUAAACGAAAGACAUUAGAAAUGAAAGAGAAACAAAAAACAAACACAACAAACAAAAAAUCAUAGGCAAAAACGAAUACUAAAAACAAAAAGAAAAAGGAAAACAAAAAAAGAUGACAAGAAAUGAAGAAAGCAAAAAAUAACUAAAACAAAAAAAAAUUCAAAACAAACUACUACAUUAGCGUGUGUAUGUGUGUCUGCGUGUGUACAUAUUAGUAUGUAAGCUAUUUAACGAGGAACUUUUGAAAAGUUUUCGGUAAACAAAAACAAAAAACAUACAAUCCACUAUUAUUUGGUCUCAAAAGGCGUAUUUCAAAAAUCGUCUCCUAACAAUUUUUUUUUGUUGUUUUCUUUUUUUUUUUACUAACCUCUAUUUAUUUUACAACUUGACAAAAUUAACUUUAAUGCGCCAAUACUGGUUUUUGGCUAUCCCCUCCCCCACAUAAUUUAUUAAAAAUUAUUUUCCUCAUAUUUGGAAAUCCCCAAAGAGUAUUAAAGAGAAAAUCUCAAUUUUUUGUUGUUGCAAGAGAAAAAUGAAACUGACGUUUACACUUAUGCAUACAUAAUAUUUUUGUAGUACAAUUAGUAUAAACACUGUAAAUGAAAUAAUUAAAACGUAUAAUUUUGAAGCAUAGCAAUUAGAGUACACUCGAAUCUCGUAUGAAAAAAUGAAAGGCACAUGAGCGAACUCUGGUAGCAAGCAGAAAGCAAGUACACAUGAAAACACACGUCAUUAGAGGCGUGGCAACAGUGCUUAUUACGUUAUAACGUAAAGGAAAGCCAUAUAAUUUCUGUGUGCACCGUUAGACAUCAUUCCUAUUUUCGUAUAUAUAUAUAUCUAUAUAUAUUUACUUAUAUGUAAAUGCUUAAGCAAAUAUCGCCACAUUAAACGAGUAUUCACACGCACAUAAUUUAUAUUUAUCAUUUCAUAACAUAACAUUAGUCGCCUCUCAUACUCAUGCUCCUCUGCCUUGAAACUACUUUUCAAUUGGUCUAGGUCCAUAUUAGCCAUUCCAUUGCCACACUCUGACCGCUAAAAAGCAUAUGCAAACGAAGCAAUUUGUAGACUUCCUUUUAAUGCAUUUUUGUCUUUGUUUUGGUACUUUGGUUCUUUACCGUUAAGGUAAUGCUAAUGCUAAACAAAAAUUCAUCAUAUCACACACACACACACACAUCUGUUUAUUCCAUAUGUAUGUAUAAAAUCGCAUAUUGCAUUUGAGUGGUGCAACAAAUUUCAUAGUAAAUUUAAGUAUUUUUUUUUUGUUUAUUUAAUAAUUUUUUUGUUUAAGAAAAUUUUACGUUUAUAACUUGCUCAUAUCGAGUCAAAGAUGUUGAAACUAUUUGUCUGAAUUCUGUGAUCGGAAUUUUAUAUUUUAAUUGAAUCAAAAACGAAAUUAAUCAAAUCUCUCAAACCCACACACACAUACAUAUAUACAUAUAUACUACUUAUAUCAAUGUAUUAUAUAUACCGUUAUUAAACAUAAUACCAAAUUGGCAAUGUUUCUCGUGUAAUUGUUGAAUGAAGAAUAGUAGCGUAAAAUCGACGUAAUCGAAAUUGUAAGCAGUUCAGUACACAAGAUCACUCACUCCUACACACCCAUACCCACACUCACACACCAUAAAUGCACCGCAAGCAAAUCAAAGCAACACUGCAAGUGGAAAAAUAAUUCCGUAAAUUACAAAAGCGCAUACAGAAAUUCCAAAGGAUUGUUGUAACUUUUGUUUUCAAACUAACUGAAAAAUAAAAAAAAUGUUGUAAAACGUUCGAUGAUAAAAAUGUUUCAAAUAAAAAUAAAUAAAAAAAAAAAAACAAUAAUAUUUAACUAAUUUGAUAUAUACUAUAUAGAAAUUUUCAACUGGGUGAGAGAAGUGUGCUUUUUUAGUAUGAACCGUAUUCAAUUAGAGCUGAAAAAAUAUAUAAGAUGUACCCUGUGCGCUUCAAGCCGCCUUUAUUUAUUUUCUAUGUAAAACAUAAGCUACACACAUAGAUAUAUAUAUAUAUAUAUAUGCAUAUACAUAUACAUAUAUAAAGAAAAAUAUGUAUGUAUAAUUCAA